AUGAGACUCCGAUGGUUUUCCAUGCCGCUGGUCGUCGGCUUCAUGCUUUUCCUGUGCGUCGUCCUGUUGGCAGUUAACUUUUUCGAACUCCACUGGAUCCAGUACGAGCACAACAAGUUCCAUCACGGACAAGAGCCGUACGCCAGGCCGCCGCCGCCGCCGUCGCCGUUGUCGUCUCAAAGGCACGUGGAGGUCACGAAGAGGCCCUCGUACAUUGUCCUGGCCAAACGAGCCGAUGCUGGACACUUGGUGCACGUUUUCGACGUGUUCAAUGUUUACGGGUACACGCGAAGACCGUUCGACAAAAAAGUGGAAUGGGACGUUAUAUGGGCUCACGAAUAUCCGUUCAAAGUGUACGCCGACCAAAUCAUGUUUUCCGAUUUGAAACCUCAUCAAAAAGUCAACCAUUUCCCUGGUGUGGGUUUUAUAACCAAUAAAAUUGAUUUGGCAACAUCGAACAUAAAAUAUGUACCUCCAGCUUUUCACAUGCCGAAGGAAAAAUCAAAAUUUUUUACGUUUGCCAAACAGUAUCCUCAUAAACUGUUCGUUCAAAAGCAGAACAACCACCGUGGCAUUAAAAUUAAAUCCAUCAAAGAAUUGGACUUCAAUUCGAACGGUACAUUUAUUCAGGAGUAUAUUGAUAAUCCUCUGUUGAUUGAUGGAUAUAAAUUUGAUAUCGGAGUGUAUACAAUCAUUACGUCCAUAGAUCCUCUUAGGGUUUAUAUAUACAACGGCGACAUUUUAUUCAGAUUUUGCCCUGAAAAAUAUCAUCCAUUCGAUCCCGACAACAUAGACAAAUAUGUAAUAGGAGAUGACUAUUUACCAACGUGGAAUGUUCCGUCUCUAAAAAAAUAUUACGUUGAUCAAGGAGCUUCGAUGAAAGUUUCUGUUGAAUCUCAUCUGAAAACUCAAGGAAAGGAUGCCACAAAAAUAUGGGACCAAUUGGAAGACGCCAUACGAGUCGUGUGUUUGGAAAAAGAAUCAAUGAUAAGAAACCUAAUGCGAAAUUACAAGUCGAAGACGAAUUUUUUCGAAAUGGCACGUUUUGAUUUUGUCGUCGAUAACGAUCUAAAGGUGUAUAUAAUGGAGGUAAACAUGUCGCCAAAUUUGUCGUCGGCUCAUUAUCCACAAAAUCGUUUACUUUACGAACAAGUGUUAUUCAAUUUGUUUGCUAUUGUUGGCCUGACUCAUUUUGAACGCAAAGCAGACAGUAUGGCAGUGUCCACGAAAAACAUAGUGGCAUACCCGGAAAAGUGCGCUAGACUGAAUUGUGACCUGUGCGAUUCAGAAGACUGCCUACUGUGCAAUCCUUGCAUGGACCGGGACACAAAAGUCCAAUUCACAAAUGCCUAUCGGGAAUACAUCGAUCGGCAUGACUGCAAAAGAGUUUUCCCGCCAAAAUUUAACCCGAACUUUUUGAACAACUCUGAAGACCUUAGCAGCUAUAGUCCGAAAACGCGUUUGAUGUAUAAAUGGUUCAAAGGAAAAUGCAUCGCGGACAUGGAAUGGUGUUAA